AUUGAGACUUGGGGGGGGGGGGGGGGUAUACAAAUUCAAUCCUCUCUGCUAAUGUCAGGAGUCUUCUGACCGAAAGAAAUGAGAUCCUGGAAGAUAUACUUCAAUCAAUUACUUAAUCAAACGUCUAAUGUAGACAGCUCAGCCCUUGCCUCAGCAUGUUACUCUACAUAACUUCAUCAUCAUCAUCAUCAUCAGGCUGUUCAUUACCGAAGAUGACUGACUGAAUUGAGCUACAGACUUUUCGCAGACAGGCUGUCAUGUGGACUUUGAGACCACCUUGGGAUUUGCAGAAAAGCUGACAUCUGUUGCAUUGCCUACUGCUUGAACUAGCUGUUGAAUAUCGACGACCAUGUGCACGUUGCUGUCACCACAGUGAAGUCGGUGGAUGGGAGGCUACUCACGGACCUUGAAGAUAUCAAGACUAGAUGGAAGGAGCACUUCAGUAACUUAUUUAACCAAGUGGGAUCUGCACAGGCAGAUGCAUGUCAGCAGCUGAAGAAGAAACCAAAAUUGAAUGAGGUGUGUGGAGAAUUCUGCAUGGAGGAACUGCAGAAUGCUCUCAAGUGCUUAACAAGUGGUAAAGCACCUGGACUCGAUGGUAUUCCUUCAGAAAAUGGUGGAGUAAUGCAUGAAGCUCUAUUAUAGUUAUUCAACUGUCAACCGUGAGACCUUGUGGAAGGUUCUGGAACCUCAUGGAUGAAUUGACAUCAACUGGAUUUUGUUCUGUACAGGACGUUCUGUUUUGAGUGUGGGAAAAGUCCUGGAGCGAUGGAAUGUACAAAACUUAGGCGAUCUUUGAAAGAAGUUCGACAUGGGGUAAUAAUCCUAAGAUGAAACAAACCCAUGGGUCUAAUGGUAUUGCCGCCAAUUUCUUUUUCAGAAAGACGUGAACAAUAUCUUGAGUCCACUAUACAGUUUGCCCCAAGCCAUCUAGUAGUAAAGCAAGCAAGAUUUAAAGACGCUUGUGACAUCCCUAUUUGCAAAAGAGGAAAUAAGCAGGAUUGUGGUAAUCAUCGUGGUAUCCAAAGCCCAAUAAAACCCUAAAUGGUCAACCACUCGAGGAAGUAAACGCUUGACAUACAUUGGAUCACCAUCUACGUUAACAACAGCCGGGACACUGUGUGAAAACGACUAAGCAUCCCCCUUCAAAGAAAACGUAAGGUCUAUCACGGCAACUCCGCUGGAAUGGCCACCUGAUUCGUAUGGAUGAUUCCAGACUCUUUGAAUACGUCUUUUACGACAAACUACAACAAGGAAAAAGAAAGGUUGGAAGGGCCAACGCUGCGGUGGUAUGACUAGGUUAACUUACAAUUUUCUCUUUUUAAUUUCUGGGUGGAAGAAGGCAUAAUCGUUUUAUCUGGCAAUACCGUAUUGCCAGGGCCUCGCAGGACUACAGAACAACGUUUGGAGAGAGCUACGACUGCGGCUUUAAGACUGUGUUAACUUACAACAUUUUUUUUUUUUUUGGAAGGAAGAAGGCAUUGUUUUAUCUGAAAAUGUCGAAUUAACAGGGCUGUCAGGGCUACUGAACAACGUUUGGAGUGAGAAACAACUGAACACAGUAACCGUCAAACAUACUGUUCUACCUCCAACAAUGGCUGUGCCACUCAACACCCAUUCCGCUACCAAUACUGUGGUAGAUUCUGUCCUUCCCACAUUUGGCUCGUGUUCUGCAAGAGGGGAGUCGCAGUCGUCAUACUCUUGAGUGACAGCCAAUCAUGUACUCGUGGCAUGACGCAUACAGCGUCACGUGAUAUCAAAUUGAUUUAUAAACACGAAGAGGAAGACGUAUAGGCACACAUCCCCUAAGCAAAGAACGCCGCCACAAGCACGUAGAAAUGAAUCUCAGCUUUGAAGACGCUCCCGCCCGGUCUCACAUGGACGACGACCUUAUUAAGUGGAGAUGUAACAAACCUAAUUAUGAAGUUGUCAAUAAGCUUUACCUAAAGGAAAGAUCAAAGACCCACAAACCCAACUCUGUGGAGAAGAAAAUUGAGAAUUUAAUGAAGACCUUCGAGAUGGAGUUAACAAAUAAGAAGAAUCCCAAAGAAUGGAAAAGUGUCGCAUACGACGUUUUUAAAAUGCAGAUAAAUGGUGGGAAAUACUUCAGCGCAGACGAGCUUGCAGACGUCGGUAGCUACAACGUGCUUUUGGCCGAUGCACCGCUGUACAAAACAACAGAUGAAAAGCAGGAGAUCCUUCAUGGGCAGUAUAAAGAAGCCUUUCCUGGUGGUUUUGCCUGGGAGGUGCUAGAGGUUAUCUCAGGUCCGCCUGUGGUAACGUUUACUUGGCGGCACUGGGCCAGAUGGACCGGACCUUUCAAGGGGGUGUCGCCCUCUGGCGAGAGGGUUGAAAUGAAAGGCUGCGCCAUCGCUACUGUGAAUGAAAACCUGCAGGUUGAAGAGCUGAAAGUCUACUACGAUCCUAACCCCAUUCUGGCCACUUUACUGAAACUGAACACAGGGACAGAUGAGGGAGCCACCAGAUGCCCCUUCCACAAGAGUAUGAAGUGAAAGUGUGCUACGUGUACUUGAAGCAGGAAGAAUCACGCGAUAAGAAUUUUGCUUUGUUUGACUAUAUGACUGCAUAAACUUGCCCUCUUAAUCCAUAUAAAAGUAAAGCACUGUUGAGACCGAACGAUAAGUUUGAAUAUUGAUGUAAACUUUUGAUGCUUAUGUCUUCGUUCCUGUUUGGUUCGAAAUGUUAUUCAUUGUUUCUAAAUUGAAACAAUAUUGUGAAGUAGGUGUUGUUAGCUCCUUCUAAGGCAAUAAGUCAGAGUGUGGUUUAUUUUAUUCUGUUAUUUUCAUCAUUUAUACAGAAAAGCAAAAACUCUGUUAAAGCUUAUGAAUAUUUAGAAUAUAAUACUUACCUCAGCUGUGUAUCUUAAACAAUUCUAAAUGCACCCAAAGUAAUUUGAAUAAACAAUCAGUUAUGAUUCAGAACCAGAAGAAAUGGACUCGAUUUUAAAAAGUUAGAGAAUACAUAUAUCUAGGGCCUAGGCUGCG